AUGGCCCCUCAGUCAUACGGACGGCCGCAUCGCGCGCCAAGUAGCUGCAAUAGUUCUAUCGAAAACUCUCUUUCUGCUCCACCAUCUAACUCCACUUCUCCUGCUACUUCUGGAGAUGUAUACACUGUCCCCGCAGUGCCGACGUCUAAUCUGGACAGCUUGGAGUUUUCACCGGAAGAGUCUCUAGACAUAUUCCGAACUCGCAUGCUUCAGUACUUUCCCUUUCUACAUCUUCCUAGCAACGCGCAAUGGAUGCGCCAGGAGCGGCCAUUUUUGUUCCUCUGCAUUAUGGCAGUGACAUGUCCGUCAAUACCGACCAAGCUCGCCUUAGGGGAGAAGAUCAGAAAGAUUGCCACGGAAAGAAUGUUUCUUUCGAGUGACCCGGGGGCAGUGAACCUUGAUCUCCUGCUAGGUCUUUUGACAGUUCUAGCCUGGGGUUACGAUCACUUACUACACGAUACCGCAAUGGGACUGCCGCGUUUUACUCAGCUCGCUAUAACAGUUGUAUACGAACUGCGUCUCAACAAGCCGCUUCCUGAUGACUCUAAUGUACUUACUGCCGGGCUCGGUGGCUGCGCAUCAUCGAGAGCACCGACUCGGACGCUUGAGGAGCAGCGAGCGGUCCUAGCAUGUUUUGUCUUGAGCUCAAUCGUAUCGACAUGUCUUGACAACAUCCAACCAAUGCAGUGGACGGCACAUAUGGAAGAAUGCCUUGAAGCCCUGGCUCGAAAACGUGAAACGCCGCUUGACGAAGUGUUCGCUCAUCAAGUCCGACUGCACCGUAUUGCAAGAGAGGCGGAGCAUAUUCGAAUUGCAUCAACAGCCGUUCCAGCAGCUUUUCACCUCACAGCCUUGCAGCGGAAGGUCAAUGAAGUCAAGCAAAGUAUAACACCUGAACUGCGACAGAAUAGCCUGUUCCGUGCCUCGACAUAUUACACCGAAUUGAGCAUCCACGGCCUGGUCCUCUCUAAAAAGCAAGACACUCCAGACCUACAAAGGCUUGAAGGACUCCACGCAUGUCUCGAAACCGCCAGAUCAGCCCUCGAUAGCUUCUUCCAGAUAUCGUCCACUGAUGAUUAUAUCGGAAUUUCAUUCCUUUUCUUCAACUACCUCGCGCGGAGCAUCCUAGUCAUCAUGACGCUGUCGACGAUGAACGACCCCAUCUGGGACACAAACCUGGUGCGAUCGACCGUGGAUGUUCUGUGGAUAUUGGACCGCCUGAUCAGCGGGGUGCAGGAAGCCAAGGCGUCGAGAGGUGAAGAAGGCGAGUCAGCUAAUGGAUUCUUGGACAAGUCGACCAAGAAGCUUAUGUCACUUCGUGCUUCAGCGUGUGCUGCGCUGAUGCCGGAGAAGACGCAGCCGCAGCGUAGUAGCGCUGCUCAAGCGGCCGAGAAUGACUUGCAGGUCUUGAGCAUGCUUCAGGCUUACGAAAUGAUGGACGCGGGGUUAAUGGCUAGUUUUAUGGAGGGGACAGCUAUAUUUGAUGGAUUUUAUUAG